AUGGCUCAGUCAACACAAGGCCGGGGUGAAAGCCCCAACCUUAUGCCCAUCGCCAUCGUUGGCAUGUCGUGCCGUCUGCCGGGAGAUGUUUCGACUCUCGAAGAGUUUUGGCGCUUGAUGUCCAGAGCGCGCAGCGGGUGGUCUGCCAUCCCCGAGGACCGCUUCAGCAAAGACGCCUACUGGCACCCGAACCCAGAGAAGAAAGGAUGCUUCAACAACGCCGGUGGCUAUUUCCUCAGCCAGGACCUGGCGACGUUUGAUGCUCCCUUCUUCAACAUCACCUCCCAAGAGGCACAGUCAUUAGAUCCCCAGCAGAGAAUCCUACUGGAGUGCGCCUAUGAGGCACUUGAGAACUCGGGCAUACCGAAGGAGUCGGUCAUCGGCAAAAACACCGGUGUCUUCGUCGGCGGUGCCACCUCAGACUACCGUCUCAGCAACCUUCGCGAUGCCGACCGCAUUCCCAUGUUCGACAUCACCGGAAACCACGAGGCCAUUCUUUCCAACAGAAUAUCCUACUACUUUGACCUGCGAGGACCCAGCUGCACCGUCGAUACGGCAUGUUCUUCCAGUCUCUACGCGCUGCACCACGCCGUCCAGAGCAUACGGUCUGGCGAGUCGGAGCAGGCUAUCGUUGCGGCAUGCCACAUCAAUCUCUCCCCAGACGAUUUCAUCAGCAUGUCCAUGUCCAGACUGUUUUCCGAAGAGGGCAAGACGUAUGCGUUCGACCACCGCGCCAAGUCGGGGUUCGCGCGCGGCGAGGGUGCUGGCUGCUUGGUGUUGAAGCCUCUGGAUCAGGCGCUGCGUGAUAACGACAGGAUCCGGUCCGUCAUCGUCAACACCGGCGUGAACCAAGACGGCAGGACAGUCGGAUUGUCGAGCCCCAACGGUGAUGCGCAGGAGCGCCUGAUGCGUGAAGUCUAUGCCAAUGCAAACAUCAGUCCCAGCGACACGGGCUUCGUCGAGGCUCACGGCACGGGCACCAAGGCCGGAGACCCCAUCGAAGCCAAAGCAUUGUACAACGUCUUCGGCAAGGGCCGCACCGCGCGGCAGCCGUUGUACUUUGGCUCGGUAAAGACCAACGUGGGGCACCUCGAGAAUGCAAGCGGCCUUGUUUCCGUCAUCAAAGCAGCCAUGAUGCUUGAAAGGGGUUUCAUCUUGCCGAACAUCAAUUUCGAAAAGCCCAAUGAGGCAAUACCCCUGGCCGAAUGGCACAUGAAGGUCCCGACUUCGCAACGGCCAUGGCCAACCGCGAAACGCUUCAUCAGCGUCAACAACUUCGGCUUCGGCGGCUCCAACGCCCACGCGGUGCUCGAGAAGCCGCCGCUGCCACCCAAGUCGGCGCUGGCCAAGGAGAGCGCAGAGCCCACGCAGCGGCUGUUCGUGCUCUCGGCCAACGACGAGAAGGCGGCCCGCAAGGCGACGGACAACCUCGGCGUCUUCCUGGAGCAGCAUCCUGAGGUGUUCCAGAAAUCGCUCAUGCGCAACAUCGCAUACACGCUCUGCCAGCGCCGGUCGCACCUGGCGUGGCGCGUCGCCCUCGUCGCCUCGUCGUCCAACGAGCUCGCCAUCGCGCUGAACAGCCACAAUGCCAAACCCACGCGGAGCCCGCAGACGCCGCCCAAGAUCGCUUUCAUCUUCACCGGCCAGGGCGCCCAGUGGCACGCCAUGGGCCGAGAGCUGCUCGACGGCUACCCCGUCUUCGCCGACGCCAUACAGGCCGCCGACGACUGCAUCAAGCGUCUCGGUGCCGACUUCUCGCUGGUCGAAGAGCUCGGGAGGGAGAAGGAGGCGUCGCGGGUGGGCGAGGCGCACAUCAGCCAGCCCAUCUGCACGGCGGUGCAGCUCGCUCUCACCGACCUCCUCAAGUCCUGGGGCGUCAGCCCGGCCGCCGUCACCGGGCAUUCGAGCGGCGAGAUCGGCGCCGCGUACGCCGCGGGGCUGCUCGGCCUCGAAUCCGCCAUGGCGAUUGCGUAUCACAGAGGGCAGGCCAUCGUGCGGCUGAAGGAGAAGCACCCGGACCUGCAAGGCACCAUGUUGGCGGUCGGAGCCGGCCCGGAUGUGGUCCGCCCGCUCUUGAAGACGCUGCGCAGCGGCCGCGUCGUGAUCGCGUGUGAGAACUCGCCGGGCUCCAUCACGGCUUCUGGCGACGUGGCGGCGGUCGAGGAGCUGGCGGCUGCCAUCGAAGAGAAGCAGCUGUUCAACCGGAAGCUCCGCGUCGACGUGGCGUAUCACUCGCCACACAUGAGCCUGGUGGCCGACGACUACCGUGCCGCCAUCCAGGACAUGGUCGAGCCGCUUCCGCACCAAUCCGCCGCCUUCUACUCGUCCCUCCACGGCAAGAAGGUGGAUGGCUCCAGCCUGGACGCGUCGUACUGGGUCGACAACCUGACCAAGCCGGUGCUCUUCUCCACCUCCCUGCGCGAGCUCUGCCUCGACAGCACGCCCGACGUCCUCGUCGAAGUCGGCCCGCACACGGCGCUCGAAGGCCCCAUCAAGCAGACGAUCAAAGAGCUCCUCGACGGCGGCAAGAAGCAAGCCCAGAAGCUCAGCUACGCCGGCACGCUCGUCCGCAACAAGAACGCCAUCACCACCUGCCUCGAGCUGGCGGGCGCGCUCUACACGCGGGGCCACACGCGCCUCGCCUUCGCCCGGAUCAACGCGCCCAAGCCCGAGGAGAAGACGGCCGUCUUCCUCGCCGAGAUGCCGCCCUACGCGUGGUCGCGCGGCGCGCGCUACUGGAGCGAGUCGCGCGUCGGCCGCAACCACCGCGUCAAGCGCUUCCCGCGCCACGACCUGCUCGGCCGCCUGGCCGACGGCUGCAACGACCUCGCGCCUACGUGGACUAACGUCCUGCGCACCGACGACCUGCCCUGGCUGCGCGACCACCGCAUGCAGGCCCUCACGACGUUCCCCUUCGCCGGCUUCGUCUGCAUGGCGCUCGAGGCGGCGGCCCAGCGCGCCGCCAUGCGCCACGUCGACGCCGCCGCCGGGGCGACAGCUGCUUUCGACCGCUUCGUGCUGCGCGAGGUCGUCGUCGCGCGCCCGCUGCUGCUCGAGGACGGCGGCGAGUACGAAGUGAUGCUGACGCUGCGGCCGCACGCCGAGGGCUCGCGCUCGACGUCGACACCGGACGCGUGGGACGACUUCAGCAUCUGCUCGUGGACGCAGGAGAGGGGCUGGAUGGAGCACUGCCACGGCCUCGUCGGCGUGCGCAACGGCAACAACAACCCCGUCUGCGCGAGCAACACCACCCAAGCCGCCGCCGCCGCCGCCGCCAGACUCCGGCAGGCCAAGACGGCGGCACCCGCCUCCGCCUCGACAAUCGACCCGGAGCGCUUCUACGCGGACCUCGAGGCCGCGGGCGCGUCGUACGGACCGGCCUUCCGCAACGUCCUGCGGCUGGACGCGUGCCACGACGCGGGCGCGCUCGGCGUCGUCGCCGUGCCCGACACGGCGGCGGCGAUGCCGCUCGCGCACGAGACGCCGUCGGCGGCCGUGCACGCCGCGUUCCUCGACCAGCUGUUCCAGAUGGCGUUUCCCAUCUUGGGCGCGGGGAGGCGGGGUGUCGAGGAGGGCGGCAUGCGCGCGCUGUAUAUGCCGUCGGUUGUGAAGGAGAUCAGCGUGUUGAGCGGCGCGCCGAGGACGCCGGGAGAGCGGCUGCGGGUCGUCGCUGAGGGGAGGCCCGAUUUCGUCAACGAUCCGAAGCCGACGGAUUUUAUGAUGGAGGGGUGGGCGAUGUCUGGUGAGGAGGAGGAACAGGGGGAGCCGGCGGUCAGGCUGGAGGGGCUGACGUUCAGCCCGAUCAAGGGGGAUGAUGCCGCGACUCUUCUUGCCGGCGGUGCGGCGCCGAGGGAGGUCUGCUACAAGUUGGCGUGGGAGCCGCUUGAGCAGAGGGCACUGCCGCAGGAGGAGAGCGACGGGAGUGAUCAGGUGAACGGGAGUGAUCUGGCGAACGGUGUGUCGACGACGAACGGGCAUCGUCGGAACCGGUCUGGCGAGACGAACGGGUCCAACACCAGCUGGGAAAACAUCGAGAAGGACAUGGCCAGCGCGCCUGUCGUCCUCGUCGUCGCCGAAUCCGAAUCGAACAACCCGCUCGUGGCCACCCUGGCUGAUGCCAUCACCAUCCGCACCGGCCAGGCUCCGACAGUGACGUCCCUGGCCGGCGCCGACACGGCAGACAAGCUGUGCAUCGUGCUGUCCGAGCUCGACCGCCCUCUGCUCGCAAAGGCUACCGCCGAGACGUUUGCUCAAGUCCAGAAGGUCCUGACCCGCUCCGCCGGCGUGCUGUGGGUGACGCGCGGCGCGUACAAGUGCGCCACCAGCCCCGAGUCCAACAUGGCCGUCGGUCUGAUCCGCACCGUGCGGUCAGAAACCGCGGCGAGGGCCGCCACGCUGGACCUGGAUCCCAACUCGUCCUGCAGCACGUCGGCGCAGGCGGACCUCAUCCUGAAAGCGUUCAAGCGGGCCGUCGAGGCCUCGCCCUCGGAGCAGCAGCCAGAGGCCGUCGUCGACAUGGAAUACGCAGAGGAGGACGGCUCGUUGGUGGUCCCGCGCGUCGUCGUCGACGACGAGACCAACCUCUUCGUCCACCGCCAAGUCUCCCCCCAGUCCGCGGCGCCCUACCUCCAGGACUUCCCAGCCCCAACCGGGCACGGCGACGGCAGCAGUCGCCGGCUGCGCCUCGCGAUAGGCACGACCGGCGCGCUGGACACGCUGUACUUCAAGGACGACGACCACGCCGACCAAGGCCCGCCGCCGCUCGCCGCCGACGAAAUCGAGAUCCAGAUCCACGCCACGGGCAUCAACUUCAAGGACGUCGUCAUCGCCAUGGGCCAGCUGCCCAACCCCUCGCCCACGGCCUCGCUCGGCAUCGAAUGCGCCGGCGUCGUCUCGCGCGUCGGCGCGGCCGUCUCGUCGCUCUGCGUCGGCGACCGCGUCUGCGCCAUGCCCGACGGCGCCUACGGCACGCACACGACGCGCUGCCGCGCCUCGAGCGCGGCGCGCAUCCCGCACGGCAUGCCGUGGGCCGUCGCCGCGUCGCUCCCCAUCGUCUUCUGCACCGCCUACCACGCCCUCGUCGACCUCGCCCGGCUCGGCCGCGGCGAGCGCGUCCUCGUCCACGCCGCCGCCGGCGGCGUCGGCCAGGCCUGCGUCCAGCUCGCGCAGAUGCUGGGCGCGGACGUGUACGCCACGGUCGGCAGCGCCGAGAAGAAGGCGUUCCUCACGCAGACGUACGGCGUCCCCGCCGAGCGCAUCUUCUACUCGCGCGACCCCGCGGGCUUCGCGGCGGCGGUGCGCGGCGCCACGGACGGCGGUCAGGGAGUCGACGUCGUGGUCAACAGCCUCGCGGGCGAGUUCUUGCGCGAGUCCUGGGCGUGCCUGGCGCCGUUCGGCCGCUUCGUCGAGAUCGGCAAGCGCGACAUCACGGCGAAUGCUGGUUUGGAAAUGGGCGUCUUUGCGCAGUGCGCGACGUUCGCGUCGCUCGACCUGACGCUCCUGGCCAACGAGCGGCCCGCCGCCAUGGCGCGCGUGCUCGAGGCGGUGAUGCGGCUGCUCGAGUUCGGGGCGGUGCGGCCGGUGGAGCCGGUGACGGUGGUCGGGGUGGGCGAGGUCGAGGCGGCGUGGCGCCGGUUGCAGGGCGGGAAGACGACGGGGAAGGUCGUGGUCGUGCCGCGGGUGGGGGAGAAGGUCAAGGCCACGCAUCCGCGCAAGACGGACUUGCUCCGCCCGGAUGCUACCUACCUGAUCGUCGGCGGCACCGGGGGGCUGGGCCGCAGCAUGGCCAAGUGGAUGGCGCAGAAGGGGGCGCGGAACGUGGUGCUGCUGUCGCGCAGCGGGAAGACGGACGGCAAGGUCGGCGCGCUGGUGGAGGACCUACGUCGGUCGAUGGGUGCGAACGUCGUCGUCCGCGCGUGCGACGUCGCGGACGAGCGGAGCGUGAGGGCGGUGGUCGAGGAGUGUGCGGCGAGCUUGCCGCCGAUUCGCGGCGUCGUGCAUGCGGCUAUGGUGUUGAGGGACGUCCUCUUCGAAAACAUGACCUUUGACGACUACCACGCCGUCAUCUCCUCCAAAGUCGCCGGCGCCUGGAACGUCCACAACGCCCUCCUGGCCACCUCAUCCACCCCAACUCUCGACUUCUUCGUCGCCCUCUCCUCCGUCGCCGGCAUCGUCGGCAACAGAGGCCAAGCCGCCUACGCCGCCGCCAACGCCUUCCUCGACGCCUUCGUGCACCACAUCCGCCAGACGCUGCCCGCGGGUGCCACCACCCGCACCGCCGCCCUCGACCUCACCGCCGUCUCCGACGUCGGCUACCUCGCCGACGGCGCCGACGCCGACAGGCGCCGCGAGGUGCUGCUCAACAUCGGCGGCGACACGCUCGACGAGGCGGAGGUGCUGGCGCUGCUGGCUGCGGCGGUGGCGGGCGAGGCGGGCGAGGCGGGCGAGGCGGGCGAGGCGGGGGGUGCUCGUCACUGUUUGACGGGGUUGCGGUUCCCAACGACGCAGGGAGGUGAUGGUGGUAGUGGUGCUGAUGCUGCGAGACCGCCGCCGCUCCCGUUCUACGCAUCCGACGCCAAGUUCAGCGUGCUGCGGCAGGCCGCUCUGGCCUCGUCAUCCACCGACCCUUUCUCUUCCACAGCGAUCACGAAAAAGGAAACCCUCGCCGCCUCCCUGGCGCGCGCCCCCGACGCGGCCGCGGCGACGGACCUCGUCGCGCGCGCGCUGCUGGAGAAGCUGGCGGCGAUCCUGACGGUGCCGCUCGAAGACAUGGACGCCGACGUGGACGCGGAGCGCAGCGUCACGACGUACGGGCUCGACUCGCUCAACGCCAUCGAGCUGCGCAACUGGAUCGCGCGCGAGGUGCGCGGGGUGAACCUGCAGGUGCUGGAGCUGCUGACGAGCGGGAGCGUGAGGGCGUUGGCGGGGGUGGUGGUGAGGAGGUCGGGGGUGCAGUUUGGUGGGGAGGGUGGUGGUGAAGGUGGUAGUGGUGUGGAAGGGGGGGUGUGA